AGUAUUUUACUGGGUAGUAGCCUAGAGUGACGAGACUUCACCGAUUUCUGCUAGCUAAACUGGUCUUAACCAGUUUUUACAAAGAUGUCUUUGAGCUUUUUGUACUGAAAACAUGUUUGAAAAGUAGAAAAAAAGCCCAGUAGAGGUAGGCAUAACCUAACUCCCAAUUGGCCCAAGUCAGGCGGUCUGAAUAGUCACGACUGCUGUUAGUUCAAUAUCCGAAGUCUACCUCGGACAGAAAAAACGAAAUGUCUGCAUAAAGUUUUUUAAGAAUAUAAAUUGAGUUUGGGAUCGCGUAUAGUGAAGUAUAGCUGUUAAAUGAAAAUGUUUGGAAGAGAGUGGAAUUUCCGUGUGACUUUGAGGACUACACCAGGUGAAUGUGUUGGGGUUGUAGGAAACUGCCAUCAGUUGGGAAAUUGGAAUCACCAAAAUGGAAUCCUCCUGACCAAAAGUAUAGUUAAUUCAUCAGAUGGGAAUGAAAUUUGGCAGGGGACUGCCCAGCUUCCGGUUGAUCAAGAAGUAUACUUCCGCUACUUCACUUGCAUUGUGUUGGAUCACAUGGUCGAAAAUGAUGAAGGAAACAAAAGAGAUUUAAUUGUAAGAAGAUGGGAGACCAACAUCUCACCAAGGCUAAUAAAGAUUAACAGUUCCCAAAAUGACCUAAUUCACAUUGACCUCUUUGGGACUUAUAAUGGAGAAACACGGGUCGAUCGAGGCUGGCUUACGAAAGAAACUGUGGUGCAACUGAAGCUGUACAACGACCCUAUUCGUAUGUGGAAGAAGUCUCUUCAUGGAAAGGCUUUUCGCGUGAAAGUGACACCUGUCGAGGUUGACGUCUCUUGCAGCAAUACAGUACGGGAUGGUGGAAUUGAUGAAAGCUGGGAUGUGCAAGACGUACGCAAUGCCGUUAAAUCUUGGCCGUUGAUAGAAGUGGCUGCAAUGAAUAAUGGUGAUUGCGAGUUCAAACUUCAGCAGCAGUUUGGCCAAUUAAUGGAUCGCGGAUCUUAUCUAAUUUUGCAAGCUCAAGUUACCAAACCUGAGUCGGUGACAUUUUUGGUCGACUUCUACGCCCAUAACUUAUCCAUAGGGGAUUCCCCGGAGCACAUUGGCUUUUGCUAUAUCCUGCAGAACAACAUGACGCAGAGUGAUGGCAGUGCGACGGUGCCAAUUACCAGUCCGAAACACUUGGCCAUAGGCCAACUAAAAGUCGAUUAUCUGAUCGUGCGGCCUAUAAGCGGAUUCGAGUGCGAAAUGUCCGUCUCGUUUGCCCGUCAUUGGAAGCAUUCUUGGCGAGGCCUGGAAGUGGGACAUCGUGGGGCCGGUAGUUCGUUCAAGGAAGCGCUAAAGAGUUGUUCGUCCAUUCGGGAGAACACUAUAGCGUCCUUGGCACACGCUGCUAAGCAUGGAGCCGACAUGAUUGAGUUUGACGUUCAACUAUCCAAGGAUAUGGUACCGGUUAUUUAUCAUGAUUUCUACGUCUAUACGGCAAUGGUGAAAAAAUUGGGGAAAGAUGAAGGCAGUAAUGGCAACACUGAAGGGCAUGUUGACAUGCUUCAUUUGCCUAUCAAAGAGCUGACCCUAGCUCAAUUGCAAAAACUUAAAAUUUACCAUGUUAAAGAGAACACUCGCGUGCCUAAACUCAAUGACGACGACUUUGACGACCAUCAGCCAUUCCCCACGCUUCAACGUGCUCUGGAACAUUUGGAUCCCCAUGUUGGUUUUAACAUUGAAAUCAAGUGGACGAUGCAGCUAAAGGAUGGAUCGUUCGAACUCAACAACCCAUUUGAACUCAACCUCUACCUGGACACUAUCCUGAAGCCAGUGUUGCAGUACGGUGGAACACGAAAGAUUAUCUUUUCAUGCUUCCAUCCUGACAUUUGCACCAUGUUACGUAUGAAGCAGAACAAGUAUCCAGUUAUGUUCCUAACUCAGGGAAUCACAGCAAAAUUCGAUGACUACCAUGAUCCGCGUACACACAACAUCCCCAUGGGCGUUCACUUCGUUUCAGCGAUUGGCAUAUUGGGCUUGUGUGUGCAUUCGGAAGAUAUUCUGCGCGACCCCACCCAGGUGGCUUUAGUACAAAGCCGAGGGCUCAUCCUCUUCUGUUGGGGAGAGGAUAACAAUGACCAAGCAACCAUCCGCUAUUUGAAGAACCUGGGCCUGAAUGGCAUCAUCUACGACAAGAUCGACGUACACAGCGCGAAGGAAACGAAAGAGUCUAUAUUUCUUGUGGAAGCUAGGCAGGAACAAAAAGAAUUGAUAAAAAUUGCAUCUUCGACUUCCGGUUCCUAGUUAAUUGAACUCUUUCACAUGAUUUAGUUUACGUGUUUGUUUGGCUUGCGUUUUUCACUUGUUCUUUUAAUUAAUUAUUUCAAUUCGAUCAAUUAAAAAAAUUCUUUCCCCAAAAGAAAUUCUAGUGCAUCCCGGGUGCAAGAAAAAUGUAAGAACAUUAUUGCAUCCCGGUUUAUGUUUUGAAAGUUGAAUAAUACAAAAAAAUUAAAAAAAAUUUAUAAAAAAAUUAAAAAAAAAAUGGUUUCGACUUUCGUGGCGUGGCAACAUCAAAAUAGUGUAUUAAUAAUGUCAAACCCAAUGUUCCAUUAACAAUAAAAAAAAAGGUGCCGGAGAAAGGAAUAUCGUAAUUCUAUCUUUAUCAUAUAUAUAAUAUAUAAUCAUGUAUCUUUUGAAUCCGAAGAGAACCAAGGAAAACAAGAGGGAGUGAAAAGUGAAAGAUGGUGGAUAGAAAGAGUUGAAAACUUUGUUUUUUUUUUGGUAAUUAUAGGUUGGCGUUAAUAGACAUUUAAGGAAAUAUGAUAAGAUAGUUGUUUGGAAAACGAACGUGUAAAACGUAGGACAUUGAUGACCCCAUGUUUAAAAAAUCAUACAACCUUUUGUCAACAGUUCACAUCAUUAACUUUUUUUUUUUUUUUUUAUUUUGAAUUUUCAAGUUUUUUACUGUUGGAGAGAAGGGAUUGUGGCAUUUAUCUGGCCAUUGAUGAAUUCGGAUUUCAGUAAAGUGAAUAGCUUUCUCUCUCUCUCACUCGUUCUCUCUUUGUCUAUUUGGAUUGACGUUUCACGGCUGCUGGCGUGGCAGGAGUGGGAUCGUCAAGGAAGAGCGGGUUCUUAACUUCCAUUUCACCAGUCUUUUCAGAAAACAAGAAUAUUAUUAGCUCGUGACUUAACGGGAAGCUACUGAAGAAUGAAAAGAUUGUGUCGUUACCGGUGCCAGCCCGGGACAUUCGUAAACAGUGUAGUCACCCUCCUCGUUGUCCUCGUCGCUUUCUCCUCCAGAAUUGGAGCCUCGUCUGUCACAUCCGGAAUGACUGCACAGGCAAAAAGAAAACACUUAUGUAGAAAUGUGAUUCCAUUGCCUGACGCGUGACACGUGAGUGUGAGGAAAAAAUUGAGAACCUUUCUAGUGCAAUGACUUGUUGUUUUUGGUGCUGGAAGUGAAACAUAUGGGCAGAGUGAGCCAAUUUCUUGUCGCCGCUACUGGCCACCGCUUUGGGGGUUUUACCCAAAGUCCAGCUGCUAAUGCCACCUCCCGGUGUCGAAGACGAAGGUGACGACUUAAGUGACGAUUUACCGCUAGGCGACGGACCAGGACCGGUGAUUCCGUAGGCUGGAUAUUCAACUUCUUGGGCCGCUUUGGCCCUUCUCUGCCACCU